AGAAUUAGCCAGGGAUGUGCUUGCAUUUCCUGUUUCGAAUGUUUCAUCGGAAUCUGUUUUAGCACUGGAGAUCGCAUCUUAGACCCAUAUAGGAGUUCACUAACUCCUUUUAUUGCAGAAUUGGCUUAAAACAUCAUCUUAUUAUUGUGAUGCAUGUGUUGACAUUGGGAAAAUGCUAGAAGAACCUGAAUAUAUGGAGUCUUUACACGAAGAUCCAGUAAUAGCUGAAUUUAUGUGGAAAAAUGGAUGGUAAUAUGAAUUUCAAGAACAACAAUUUGGGGAAUGAGCCACCAGGAGAUGGUGGUGGAGGGUUGACUAGACCAGGGUUGACUAGACAAGGUUCGAUAUACUCGUUGACGUUUGAUGAGUUUCAGAGCAGUUUAGGGAAAGAUUUUGGGUCAAUGAACAUGGAUGAGUUGUUAAAGAACAUAUGGAGUGCUGAAGAAACUCAAGCCAUGGCUAGUGGUAUGGUUCCUGUUGUUGGUGGAGGACAAGAGGGUUUGCAGUUGCAGAGGCAAGGCUCGUUGACUCUGCCUCGAACGCUUAGUCAGAAGACGGUUGAUCAAGUUUGGAAAGAUCUAUCUAAAGUUGGAAAUAGUGGAGGAGGAGGAACAAACUUUUCUCAGGUGGUUCAGGCUCAGAAUCAGAGUCAGAGUCAGAGGCAGCAAACAUUAGGUGAAGUAACUUUGGAGGAGUUUUUGGUCCGUGCGGGUGUUGUGAGAGAGGAAGCUCAGAUUGCUGCAAAAGCUCAGAUUACUGAGAACAACAAAGGCGGUUACUUUGGUAAUAAUGCUAACACGGGUUUCUCUGUCGAGUUUCAGCAGCCUUCUCCACGAGUUGUUGCUGCUGGUGUAAUGGGAAAUCUUGGUGCAGAGACUGCCAAUCAUUUACAGGUUCAAGGUUCUAGUUUGCCUUUGAAUGUAAAUGGAGCUAGAUCAACAUACCAGCAACCGCAACAGCAACAGCCAAUCAUGCCUAAGCAGCCUGGUUUUGGUUAUGGAACACAAAUUGGUCAGCUUAAUAGUCCUGGGAUAAGAGGUGGGGGUCUUAUGGGACUUGGAGAUCAGUCUUUAACGAACAAUAUGGGCUUGGUCCAAGGUGCUGCUACUGCAAUUCCUGGAGCUUUGGGCGUUGGUGCUGUAUCUCCUGUUACACCAUUGUCAUCAGAAGGGAUAGGGAAGAGUAAUGGUGAUUCUUCAUCGCUCUCUCCGUCUCCGUACAUGUUUAAUGGUGGUGUGAGGGGUAGAAAGAGUGGCACUGUGGAGAAAGUUGUUGAGAGAAGGCAAAGGAGAAUGAUAAAGAACCGAGAAUCAGCUGCAAGGUCACGGGCCAGGAAACAGGCUUACACUGUGGAGCUUGAAGCUGAAGUCGCAAAGUUAAAGGAAGAGAAUGACGAGUUACAACGAAAGCAGGCAAGGAUCAUGGAAAUGCAAAAGAAUCAGGAGAUGGAGAUGAGGAAUCUUCUGCAAGGAGGUCCAAAGAAAAAGCUGAGGAGGACAGAGUCAGGACCUUGAAAUCAAAGAGAAGAUAGAAAUGGCGCCCAAAGGAAGAAAAAAGAGGAUUGGACAGAACAGUGUGGUGGGGGUUUGGGACUUGGGAGAAUAGACAAUGCACUAGCACGAGACCGCAUGAAAGAGUUUGGGUUUGAUAAGCGUGUUAUCAAUGAGAGUAUCAAGCAAGUGCUAAAGGUGUAUGGUGAGGACCAAUGGUUUCUGAUUGAAGAUGCUAACUAUGAUGCCCUCCUUAACAUUUGCCUUGAAAAGAAAGAGGAACAAGACAACCAAUUGGCGGCCGAGGAACACAAAGAAACAGCUCAGGAAGAAGAAGAAGAAGAAAAGAAGGCUGAUGCGUUAUCGAUCACUAACGAACCAGUCAUGAACUCAUCACCACCAGCUUUUCAAUUCGUAGAAGCACCAGUAGAUUUUGCACACCAGUCUGUUGGAGGUGCCCAGAGUUCUCACUGUGGAUGGCUAAGCAGUGAAGAGGAGACAGAUCCGGAUGAGGAUGAAAAUAGUGAUGAGUUGAUUCAGCUAACUCCAGAACCUCUCUGUGAAGAACUUGAAGAGCUUCUUAGGGAAGUAUAUGGACAAAAGAAGAUGAAGUACAACUAAAGGAGUCAUAAGCUCCUGUAACUAAAAUUGAUAUAUAGUU